GUGCUUGAAGUCGUACUGGUGCUGGUGCUGCUCGUGGACGUAGAGGUCGAGGAUGUGGAACUCGAGGAACUUGUGCUGGAUGAUGUGGAGGUGGAGGAUGUUGUACUAGAUGACGUAGACGUGGAGGAAGAUGAUGUGGACGAAGUGGACGUGGACGUAGAAGUCGAGGAUGCAGACGUCGAGGAUGUGGAACUCGAGGAACUUGUGCUUGAUGAUGUGGAGGUGGAAGAUGUUGUACUAGAUGACAAAGAUGUGGACGUAGAUGAUGUUGACGAAGUGGACGUGGACGAACUGGACGUGCUUGAAGUCGUACCGGUGCUGGUGCUGCUCGUGGACAUAGAGGUCGAGGAUGUGGAGCUCGAGGAACUUGUGCUUGAUGAUGUGAAGGUGGCGGACAUUGUACUAGAUGACGUAGACAUAGACGAAGAUGAUGUUGACGAAGAGCUGACGGUGCUGGUCCUGCUAGUGGUUGUAGAAAUCGUCGUUGUAGUUGGAUCACAGAAGGAGUGGGCACCCAGGUAG